AUGGAGCCCGGCGGCGGUGGUCCUGGCUUGCUCAUUGUCAACAAUAAGCAGCGGAGCGGGGCCCUAGGGCUGAGCACGCCACCGGCGCCGGGGGUGAAGGGCCGGGAACCCAACCGCAACCAGAGGAAGGACUCGGAGGGAUUCUCAGAAUCUCCAGACUUUGAAUUUGAAUAUGCAGAUACAGACAAAUGGGCUGCUGAGCUGUCAGAACUGUACAGUUACACAGAAGGGCCUGAAUUUCAACUCAACAGAAAAUGCUUUGAGGAGGAUUUUAGGCUGCAUGUGCUUGAUAAAAAAUGGACAGAACUGGACACUCAUCAGCAUCGGACACAUGCAAUGAGGCUUCUUGAUGGCCUUGAGGUCACCGCCCGGGAGAAAAGGCUCAGGGUAGCUCGUGCCAUCCUUUACGUUGCACAAGGCACAUUUGAUGAGUGCAAUUCUGAAGCUGAAGUUCAGUCCUGGAUGCGAUACAACAUAUUUCUUCUGCUUGAAGUUGGGACAUUCAAUGCUUUGGUGGAGCUCUUGAACAUGGAAAUAGAUAACAGUGCUGCCUGCAGUAGUGCAGUGAGGAAGCCUGCCAUCUCCUUGGCUGACAGCACAGACUUGAGGGUGCUACUGAAUAUUAUGUACCUUAUUGUAGAGACUGUCCGUCAGGAGUGUGAAGGAGACAAGCCCGAGUGGAAGACAAUAAGACAGACCUUCAGAGCAGAACUAGGAGCACCUCUGUAUAACAGUGAACCAUUUUCUGUGAUGCUUUUUGGAAUGGUGACCAAAUUCUGCAGCGGCCAUGCCCCACACUUCCCUAUGAAGAAGGUGCUGCUUCUCCUGUGGAAGACUGUCCUAGUAAGUGGCUCCUAUGCAUGAAUAAAUAGUGCUCUU